AACUUGAUUGUGUUACAAUAAUUGUCUUAUACUAAUCAGUUUCUAUUUGUAUCCGGAUGGUAGGUUAAAAAAAAUACGUAUUACAACUAGCAUGUGUAUACUACAUAUUUAGUGGCUCACGUAAACAUCCGCAAUGGAGAGAGGGCCGAAAGUUUCAUGGCUGUGCAAAGUUGUGAAAUCGGUAAAUGUUCCGGCAGAUGUCUUAAAAUUGCAGCGUUAUUUAAAUAAAUGUAGCGAUGAAGUGCCUGUGAUUGAAAAAGACACACUUGAGCAGUUCGAUAGGAUACUUCGCAAUGUUCUUCAGCCAUUUGAAUCUAACGCAGAAAAUCACACAUACUUGAUGGUGAUUUUAAAUUUCAUAAACUUCCUAAGUCAGAAAAACUGCUUUGCAGUCUGGGUUUCGCCAAAUUACGAACUACAACCUGAAUUUUGUACCAAGUUUGCUGUUCUUAUGAAGAAUGCUCUGAAAUACAUUGCAUCUUACAUCAUUGUUGAUGACAAGUACUUCUUGACACUUCUAUCAGUUUUCAAAGAGAUUGUUUUGAAAUCUGCCCAACACAUUUAUCUGAAAAAUGUGUUUCUUCGUGCGCUGUCAUAUUCAAUCCUGAAACUCAUAAUCUGCGGAAAGGUAGAAUUCCCUUUGAAGAAGAUGUUGGUAGAACUCAUGGUAAAUCUUUUAGAGGGAACAGACAGACAAGCAAGAUCUGAGACAUUUUACAAAGUGAAACCAUUAUUAUGUAUGAUAUUACAAGCACUUCAUAAGUAUGGAGACUACAAAACCCAAAUGUCAGUAGUGGAAAUUAUCAUUCGUUUUACAAUAUUAGUUCCUCAUGAGAGGCUCGAUAUUGCAAAGUCUAUUCAAAAUGAGGAAAUUUGUCAGUGCUUUGCAACAUUUUCACCAAGGAAUUUUGAAACGGAGUGCAGAAAUAUUCUGAAUUUGCUGAAUCAAGCAUAUGGACAAAAUUCAAAUGUUUUUACAAUAGCAUGUGAUAAGGCAUUUGUGGGAAACCAUAGAAUAAAAAAACCUGAGCAUGAAGAUUACAAGGAACUGUGGAUUGACUUCAACUUGGACUCUCAGUCAAUUACAGUCUGCUGUGAUGGUGAUUCUCUAAUGUGGGCCGAAGAGAAUCACAUGCCUGAGCAGAGUGGUUAUUGGGAAGUGUUAACUAUAACAUCAAAAAAUGUCAGAAAACUAAGUAUAGUACCAAGUGAUGGUUCAUUUCCUGGCAAGGAUGAUGUUAGCCUAAUGCACAUGAAGUUAGCAAGUCCAUGUGAUUAUAUUCAGGCUACCUCAACAGCAGUAAUCAGCAGGUGUCGAGAGUUUCGCUUUUAUUUCAAACAAUCACCAGAAUUUAACGAGCUUCAAAAUAGAAUUCUACCUCAGAUCUUUAGGGGUAGACAGCAGGAAAAACCACUUUCAGUGACACCUCAGCUUGAGAUAAGUCUAAAUUCCUGCCAGAUCUUAGAACAGAAUACAAGAGGAAAGUCAGGACAGUUGGCUAAAAACGACCAAGAAUCAAAUGAAGUGUCACUCAGAAACAGCAAAAAUAUUGAAGGCUACAAGGUUAAUUCAUGUUCAGAAGGAAAGGGUGUUAUUGGUGCUUCAGAAAAAUUAGGAGAUGAUCCUGAAAAACAACUGGAAAGUCUACAUGCUGAACUACUCAAGGAAAUAAUGCAGGAGAGUAAAAUGGAAGGAAUUAAGCAUACUCAAAUAACAAAUUCUUCAGAUGGUUCUUUGAAGGUUCGUACCAGUUUCUACAAAUGCAUUCAUAACAUAAUUGUAUGUAUAUAUGUACCACUGCGCAAAAGUUUUCACCCAAAUAAUUUGUUUGUUUGUAUAAUUUAUUAAUGUCACUUGGAGACUAAAAGAAAUGUAUUUACUGUGAUAACUGAAAACGGAGCAGGACCAAUAACUGUUUCCUUCAUGCAUGACUUAUGUCGGUAUUUUCCAACUAUAAAAUCAUUCAUCACGGUCCAAAAGAAGUAGUUAGUGUCGGAUGGUAAAUGUAGCAAAGAAAAUGAAUGAUAAUUGGCAACUAUUGAUUAAGAGAUCUGAGGAUCAUAGUGGGAACUGAAAGUAGCCGUUGUAUACAGCAUCCAAAUUUGACAAUUCUCAAUAAAUCGAAAUGGCCUGUCAACUUGUUACAUGGAAAGUAAAACAA